GCCAGGAGCGCCAAGCGUGCCCGCACGGCCGCGGACGCGGAGAGUGGGCCGGGCCCCCGCCACGGAGGGCCCGCACCCGGGGUGGUGCAGUUCUGCACGGCGAGGGACGCCCGGCUGGACGACAUCCAUCUCGGGGACGCGGUGAUCAGGGGCAGCGCCACAGGGGGACCUGAACGUCGGAGGAGGACAAGGUAG